UCUCUCUCCCUCACCAUUUCAGAAUCUCAUUAACUCCAACAUUAAUCAACUUAACCCUAACUAAUCUUCUAAUUAACCUCCUUAAUUAAUCUUUUCUUCACCUAUUUUGAUUCACACAGAGAUAGAGCGCGUUAGAGUUAGGGUUUUACAGAUUCCAAUGUCUCUCCCCUGAAAAUCCGAAUCUCUCACCGCCGAUCCACUUCCGAUUCCGAUUCCGAUCCCGAUCCCGAUUCCGAUCAAUGGGAUCGUCAUCGGCGUUCUUCGUCAUCUGCAUUCUCCACUCCAUCAUCGCCGUCACGAGCGGCGCUCUCAUGAUGUUCUACAUGAAAGAGGUCUACACGUUCGGCCACGGCGUUCAAACAGCAACAAAGCUUCUCGGAUCCACGCCGCACGAUCAGCUCCUCAUCAGAACCUCCGAUUCGUUCUCCGGUUUGUUGCUUGUUGCGAUUGGAUUUCUCAUUUUCAUGGUUUCGUUUGUUAAGGAUCGCGAUUUUCAACACCUGUUUGCUAAGGGGUGUAUUUUGUUGCAUGUGUUUAUGGCGUUGUGGAGGAUUUACUUUGAGAGGAAGGUGGAGGAUCUUGCUUGGGAUUGGCUUAGGCAAACUGUGGGUGAUGUUCUCUUGGCUCUUUCUUGGGUUUUCUUCCUUAUUUACUCGUGGAGAGAGAAGUAUGAUUAGUUUUUAUUUUCUUUCCUUUUUUGUUUCUUUGAAUUUUCUCUAUCGGAUGAUUGUGAUUAUGAAUUUUCUGUUUUUAAUUUACUCUGUAAAAAUCAGAUCGAUAUCACAUGUUUUUUUUAUUAAUCAAGUGAGUAUUUAAGUUGUGAAUUA